ACCUGGUCCAGACAUUUUGCUUUUGCUUUCUGGUUUUUGUUUUGUUUUGUUUUGUUUUUUUGGUAUUGUUUGUUGUUGCUUUUGUUUUUAAAUCCUCCCCACCACCAUCACAUUGUAUUUUAUUUCUGUCCUUCAGAAAUGGGCCUGCAGACUACAACGUGGCCCGGCCACAGGGCUUUUUCCCUAAAAAUUUGGUUCAUCAUUUCCCUGGGACUCUACUCGCAAGUAUCAGAACUCCUGGCUUGCCCUAGUGUGUGCCGCUGUGACAGGAACUUUGUCUACUGUAAUGAGAGAAGCUUGACCUCAGUGCCUCUUGGGAUCCCGGAGGGCGUAACCGUACUCUACCUCCACAACAACCAAAUUAAUAAUGCUGGAUUUCCUGCAGAGCUGCACAACGUACAGUCCGUGCACACGGUCUACCUUUACGGCAACCAACUGGAUGAAUUCCCCAUGAACCUUCCCAAGAAUGUCAGAGUCCUCCAUCUGCAGGAGAACAACAUUCAGACCAUCUCACGGGCUGCUCUUGCUCAGCUCCUGAAGCUGGAAGAACUACAUCUGGAUGACAACUCCAUAUCUACGGUCGGAGUGGAGGACGGAGCUUUCCGGGAGGCGAUCAGCCUCAAGCUGUUGUUUUUAUCAAAGAAUCACCUGAGCAGUGUGCCUGUUGGGCUUCCUGUAGACUUGCAGGAGCUGAGAGUGGAUGAAAACCGAAUUGCAGUCAUAUCAGACAUGGCGUUUCAGAACCUCACAAGCUUGGAGCGUCUGAUUGUGGAUGGGAAUCUCCUAACAAACAAGGGCAUCGCUGAGGGCACCUUCAGCCAUCUCACCAAGCUCAAGGAAUUUUCCAUAGUCCGUAACUCGCUCUCCCACCCACCUCCUGACCUCCCAGGUACGCAUCUGAUCAGGCUCUACUUGCAAGACAACCAGAUAAACCAUAUCCCAUUGACAGCCUUUUCAAACCUCCGUAAGCUGGAACGGCUAGAUAUAUCCAAUAACCAACUACGAAUGUUAACUCAAGGGGUCUUCGAUCAUCUCUCCAACCUCAAGCAACUCACUGCUCGGAAUAAUCCUUGGUUUUGUGACUGCAGUAUUAAAUGGGUCACAGAAUGGCUCAAGUAUAUUCCCUCUUCUCUCAACGUGCGUGGUUUCAUGUGCCAAGGUCCCGAGCAAGUCCGGGGGAUGGCUGUCAGGGAGUUGAAUAUGAAUCUUUUGUCUUGUCCCACCACAACUCCUGGCCUACCUGUCUUCACCCCAGCUCCAACUACAGUUUCUCCAACUCAAUCUCCUACUCUCUUCGUUCCAAGCCCCAGCAGAGGCUCUGUGCCUCCAGCUCCUAGCCCAUCGAAACUUCCCACCAUCCCUGCCUGGGAUGGCAGAGAAAAAGUGACUCCACCUAUUUCUGAAAGGAUCCAACUUUCCAUCCACUUUGUUAAUGACACCUCUAUUCAAGUCAGCUGGCUGUCUCUCUUUACUGUGAUGGCAUACAAACUGACAUGGGUGAAAAUGGGCCACAGUCUUGUAGGGGGCAUCGUUCAGGAACGAAUUGUUAGUGGAGAGAAGCAACACUUGAGUUUGGUUAAUUUAGAGCCCAGAUCCACCUAUCGCAUUUGCUUAGUGCCACUGGAUGCGUUCAACUACCGCACCGUGGAAGACACCAUCUGUUCCGAGGCCACUACCCACGCCUCUUAUUUGAACAAUGGCAGCAACACUGCUUCUAGCCACGAGCAGACAACCUCCCACAGCAUGGGCUCCCCCUUUCUGCUCGCGGGCUUGAUCGGGGGUGCAGUGAUUUUUGUGCUCGUGGUCUUGCUCAGUGUCUUUUGCUGGCACAUGCACAAAAAGGGACGCUACACCUCCCAGAAGUGGAAGUACAACCGGGGCCGACGGAAAGACGACUAUUGUGAGGCGGGUACCAAAAAAGACAACUCCAUCCUGGAGAUGACGGAAACCAGCUUUCAGAUUGUCUCCUUAAAUAACGAUCAGCUCCUUAAAGGAGAUUUCAGACUGCAGCCCAUUUAUACCCCAAACGGGGGCAUUAGUUACACAGACUGCCACAUCCCCAACAACAUGAGAUACUGCAACAGCAGUGUGCCAGAUCUGGAGCAUUGCCAUACGUAACAGCCUAGAGGUCCAGCACCAGAAAGAUGGACAACCUGACUCUCAAGAACACACAUGUGUGUGCACAUAAAGACACGCAGAUUACAUUUGAUAAAUGUUAACCAGAUGCAUUUGUGCAUUUGAAUACUCUGUAAUUUAUACGGUGUACUAUAUAAUGGGAUUUAAAAAAAAAGUGCUAUCUUUUCUAUUUCAAGUUAAUUACAAACAGUUUUGUAACUCUUUGCUUUUUAAAAUUAAAAAAAAAAUAAAUGUUGCUGAAGUACUGUACGGGGUUGUACAAUGAGAACCCAACGCCAAGGCAGAAGAAUGAGUGAUUCAUCCUUAAGAUGCAUAUUAACCACUUUGCUAUUGAGGCUGUCAGAAUAAAUUCCUUUUCUAGAGCUGAUAGUCAUAGAAAAGAAUAGUUUGAGAUGGGCUCAUCAGGAUAAGAGAGAUAGUUUGAGUAAAGAAAGAAUGGCCUAGUUAUUUCUGUUUUCUUAUACCUCCUGGCCUGGAAGAAACACAUUUUGAAAAAUCCAUAAUAUGAUAAUAGAGUUAGUUACUCCAGUUUGACUGAGUGCAAGAAAUAGAGAGAACAUCUUGAAGAAGCCAGUUCCCAUGAGAUGAGUUAGGCCUACUUGUCCAAAUCAAGGAAACGGAGAGGUUUGAAAUGUCCUUAAAGCCCCAGGGUCGGCUUCUGACUGUGAACUUCAAAAUCACUCUUCAUGCUUCCCUGGCCUUAUGUGAUAACAGAGUUGGAAACCUGAGUCUGAUUCUAGUCAUCUUCAGGGACCAAUAUGACCAGUUCUAGCAAGAAAAAUUCCCCUUAAAACUGUCACUAUUUAAAUCACAUGUCAGGAGAAUCAUAUCCAACAGAGUUAUAUUCUAGAAUAAUUUUUUAGAAGAGGCUAAUAAAAAAAAUAAUGGGAAGAAUUAUAUUGAAUGGAAUUAUUUUUGAUAAUGAAAAUUAUUUGGGUAUAUUCACUUAGGCUAUAUCAACAUGAUAUUUACGCCAACAAAGGAGCAGUGUUUGGGAUCUAUUACAGUAAUGUGUUUAUUUAAAAAGUGCUAAUGACAUUUAGAAAAAAUCAGUGGUUCUCUUACACUGCAUCAACUGAACUUUGUUAGUAUCAUGUUGAAAUAGCUUGAAUUAAUACCUAUGUUCUCUCUCAAAUUCUUGUCUUCCAAUCAUCUUGCACAUAUUUUUUUGUAAUUAAGUUGUAUAUGCCACAUUUGUUUUCUCCCCUCUGACUGAUAUUUCAAAGAAAAUUAUGAAUGCAAAUUUUGGUUGCACAAAAUAAUCAUUGUCUAUUUCUACGUAUUAAAAUCCAUAAUAAUAUUCAUUGCCAAUGAUUUUGUGAAGACACCCAAACUGGCCAAAACAAAGCGUAUUGUUAAAAGCAAUACUAUGUUUUCAUUUUGAAUUAACUUCGAUCCUGUUCCACAUGGAAAUUCCAUUUGUUCCUUUUAGAUUGUGAAUGUUCCUCUAACUUGGUAAUUAUAGAGUGAUAAUCAAUCUUAUGCCAAAAGACUACUAGUGAAAAUGAGGAAGACAGUGACUGAAAGUUUUCCCAAAUCAUGGCAGAGAAGGUCCAAAAGCAGAGGAAGAGAGGGAUAGCCAUGGUUUAUGCUAGGUAGUUUUGAAGCAAGUCCAUUUUCAAAAAACAUGCAUAAUUUACCCUAGUUCUUGCCAUCACUUAGGUGUAGAAGGGCUAUAGACCACAUACAUUGUCUAGAGAGGUUUACCCUUGGGGAAUUGUUUAUUUCAAAGCCACUUUUAGACAUUUCAUUCUGUGCUCCUUUAAACCAUCCAUCACUUUAGAGACUCAUGAAGUAAAUGUCAUACUCUUCUUGCUUUCUCUUUCUCUCUAAGCAAAAUAAAACUGUGAUGUGUCUUCUUGUAAAGUUUAGGUAUAAAAUGCUAUGCAAGCUUUUCUUUAUAGUGAGAGCUUUAUUUUCUUUAAUAAUAUACCCCAACUUAUAUGUUUUAAUCUCCCUCAUCCCCCAGAAUAAGCAGAAAAUAUAACUGCAGCGAAAAAUGUAGACACAAGCAUUGAAACUGUGCAGUCAGUGGAGCUGAACAUAGUUACGAAUUAAUUUAAUUAAUUCUAAAAUGACUCGGGUUUCCACUUUAGUCUAUUAGCUAGAGGGUUUGGGCUGUUGGUUUCUGUAAAAGUAGGUUCACACAGUGAAGGGAUAAGACCAUCUGGAACGGUGAUCAGUACAGCGUUACACUAUCUAAAAUCAGGACAGUGACACGGGGCUGGCAGUUUCCUUUCACCGUCCUCUUGCAUCUCAAUGUGUAGGUAAAACUGUGUGCUGGAAGAUACAAUGGUACUUUGAUUUUUGAGGAUUUUUAUUUUGUUAUAAACAAGAUAAUUACUUUUGUCUUUUUUUUAUUGUAUGUUUAACUCCCAUUGGGAUUUGGGGCUGUAGAAAUGCCCUAUCUUUGUCCCCAAAGGAACAAGAGCAGAGAGGUUCUCAUAGUAUUUUGUGGCACCCACAACACUAUUGAGAAUUUAAGUAGCACUAUGGAGUACCAGUCAUGGGAAAUGUUAGGGUGCUCUCAAAAUUACUCUGGUAGAAGGUAUUUCUGGAAAGAGAAUCUUUAUUUUGAUCUCAUGAGCAACAUGGCAAAUACAUCCACCAUGAAAAUCAGACUCCUAUUGAUAGUAGUGUGCCCAAGAGACUCUCCUACAUCAGAGUGGAAAUCACAUCAUACUAUAGUAACUUACGGAAUUUUAAAAAGACAGAUGAACAGCAAUCCUUACUGGUUAACAUUUUGGCUGCCAUCUUUAAUCAGGAGACUGUAUUCUGCAGCUACAUCUCCUCUGGGUUUUAUCCUUCUUGGCCUCAUUAUUAUUUAUUUCGAGGUGAUUAGUGAAGAAUCCAAGUUGAGCUGUUCCUAUAUAAUGUCCAGCCCUUGCCUGUACAGUAACUUUACCUGCACAGAGGUUAUUGCAAAAGGAAAAGCAAAGCAUGGUCACACAGAUGAUAUUGUUAGUUAAACAGAAGGUAGUCACCAAUACCUCCUUGCUUGCAGAGAUGUACUUGACCUUAGAGAUCCUGGGUUUCACUUAAACACUGUCACAUGCCUUGGGUGGGCAGUACAAUACAUGGGACAACCACAGACAGGCAUGAGAAGAGUAUUCCCUGCUUAUUUAUGAUCUAAGUGGAAAAAUCUUCCCUUGUGAGAUGUAAUGCUAUUUGUAAUUUUCCAGAUGUUUACUGAUACAACAUUAGACAAUUUCAAGAGUAAAAAAAAAAAACAAAAACAAAAAACAAAACUAUAAUGUCAUCUCUUUGAUUAAAAAAUAUCAAUGGCAUAGCUCAUAUUAUAUUUUUGUUUCUUAAUAAUGGAGGUCAUAAUGGUCUUAGUCAUGCCACACAGCCAUAACUUCCUUCUCCCCUGGAGAAAACUUAACUCUUCAUGUGAGGGGAACAUCCAUUCCAAACAGAAGGCACCUUUGUUUUCUGCAGAGGCCGGUGUGCCACACUGGAUCAGCAAACUUCAGCUGCAGCUUUGCCUGCAGCUUUUGACAGUGCAUGAUGUCUUUGUUCAUAGCAUUUAUCUCUGACCUAUCAAAAAAAAGAUGUUAGAUGUUGCUUUAUAACUUGAGGAUAACACAUAACUGAACGGGAAAGCAAAACAGAAGAGUGCCCAAUACGAAAAUGAUAUACACACAAAACAACAACUCCCAAUUCUUAGUCUUGGCAAACUUUGCUUCUUUUCUUUUUAAAAUUAAAAUAAAGGAUGAUAGGAGGCUGCAUUUACACCCCUUUUCAGGCUCAUCAGAGAGUUAAAGAAAUUGUUGGCAAUGGGGAUGCUUUUCACUGAUUGUGGCGAAAACGUUUUGUACACAGUAUAAUACUGUUUUAGCAAACCAGGUUGUUUUGUUAUAGUAUUUGCUUUUCUAUCUGCACAUCCACCAGAAGAGCACAAACCAAGGCAUUGCAACAGGCAUUUUUAAAUUAAUAUGAAACAUACAAAUCCAUCCAUACACAUACAUGAGGGUGUUUGUAAAGAUGUCUGUGAGAUGUGAGAUUUGUAACCAGUUAUAGCAAAAUGAGGCCUCACCACUGUAUGCCCUCAUAAUAUAGUAUUUACUGAACGUUAACUUUGAUGAUCUGUUACUGUUUGAAUCAUGUUGAGUUGAUUCUGGUUUGUGUUUAGUGUGUUUCUCUGACAAGGGACUGCAAGGGGUUGGAGAUUCUGUGUCAUGCAUCCUCUGAGACCUACCAUGUUGCACACUUUGUUAACUACAAACUUCACUCUACACUAUACAGUACCAUGUUGAUAUAUUCAGUAAAGGCUUAUUUUAA